CUCAAAUGUCAUAGUGUUACUUCUAUGCUUGUCAUUGUUCUGAGGAUACAACACUAACUACUAUUCGACUGACGGAUAAAACGUCAUUUUUCAAUUUGCGAAGUGCGUAUUACGAUUCGAAUUUAGAUUUUUACAUCGGUUUCGAGUUGAUAUUUUGGAUUUUAUUAAAAGUUAUACUUACACAGGUUACAUUGAAUCAUGGAGGGUAAAACAGAGCUGCAAAAAAAUGCGAUCCAAGAAGCCCGUCGCAAAGAGUUGGAGAGUUACCAAAGAGCGUUGGAUACAGAAUGGCUGGACAGCAGGAUGGAUGAUGGCAGGAUGGGGCGCUGCAUUGCGCUGAUCCAACGUGAGUCGGAAAUGGAAAAAGAGUUCCUUGAGAGGACUGAUCAUGCUGCUAUAGUCAAUGCAAGGGCGGAAAAAGAAACAAAACUCGGUUUGGAAGUAGCCAAAGUAAGAAGAGAAGAGAUGUGCGAGCUUCUUAGAAGACAUUACUUGAGAGAAAGAGACCCGAGUUUAAGGGAACUGAUGAAAAAGCUAGGAGCCGGUUAUGUCUGCCGUGAUCUGAAGCAGCAGAUUCUUCAUAAUGAGUAUAGAAAGCUGCAGGAGAAAGCUGAAGAAAACUACGCAAACGCAGUGCUCCAAAAAGCGUUAUACAGUGACAAAGAGGCAUUGGAAAAGGAAGAGAAAGAGAAGAUAGACCGCAGCGCUCAGUAUUGCAAGGAACUGCAGCAGCAACUGGUCAGCAGGCAGCAACAACGCCAGUGUGAGUACGAGGACACACUCAUUGAGAAGAAGAUGCUGGAAGAGGUUAGCAGGACCAUGGCUGAUGAGGACCAGAGGGAGCUUCAAAAGAAGCGGGUGGAGACAGAGAAGUUGCGGCAAGAGAUGGUGACGUCGGUGCAGGCGCGCCAGGACUGGAAGGACAAGCAGAAGGAGAUGAUCGUCAUCGAGGAGCGGCAGAUUGAGCAGCAGAGGCAGGCCGCUUCCGAUAGGAGCUCCUCUGUCAUUGCCGAGAGGGAGCGAAAGAUGCAAAUGAAAGAAGAGUUCCACCAGAAGAUUGGUGCCAAGAACCUGUUUGACGAGGAGGCACGAAUGGAAAGAGAGAACAUCAUACAGCUGCUCCAAGAGCAAGAGUAUUUAGAAAAGAAUACUCAAGACGAUAUAACGGAGCAGGAGAAGGCAAUAAGAAUCAAGAAAGAGAUGAUGGAAGCACUUACCAACCAGAUGGAGAGCAAGAAACGGGAGGUGCUCAAACAGAAGGAGGUGGAGGCAGAGUUUAGGAAACAGACUGAAGCAAUAAUAGCAGCAGACGAUGAAAAAGAGCGUGAGAAAGCGAUACAGAUGAAAGAGAAAGGACGCGAGUACUCGCAGCAGCUCCGGCAGCAGAUAGAGGACAACGCGCGGCGUCGCCACACGCAGGGACAGCUGGAGCAGGCGCGUGUGCAACACGUGUGGGACCGCGACACGGACUGGCGUUCGGAAGUAGCUGAAGAACGAAGCAAGAUCGUGUCGGAACAUGCUCCUAAGGUCCUGGGAUCUCUUCAGGCCGGGACCCUCGCUCACUCGGACCUCCCCGCUCUCAGAGAGGGGGCCAGCAAGAGCCCGGAGCUGGGACAAUUGGACAUCGACGCCGUGGCGCGGAGCAGUGGAGUGCAGCGAAAACCCAAAUGCAAUGACCAGUGCAGGAUUAUUAGGGAGUAUUAAAUACAAAAAGGGAAGAUAUUUGUAAUUUCCUCGAAGUUUUAAAAAUGAGCACAGCUUUAUGGUAAUAUUUUAGUUCUAUACCGUCUAUGAAUUAUGUAUUUAUUUUUUAUAUGUGAGGGUAAUUUGAACUGUACGCAACAUCGGGUUCGGAGGACCGAAAUCAAAGAAAACAAUAAAAAAAAACAAAAAAAAAUUCAAGCUUUUUCAAAGACGCAAAUGCGGUUAUAAUAAGUCAGUUAUUAUUAGUGUAUGGGCAUCGAUAUAUGCACUAGAUUUGGCGUUCCGAAUACUGAUUGUGUUCAACUAAAGUGUACUGCAAUCCGGUUUCGGUCGCCAUUUUACUUAUAUACUCUAUUUAAAGCGCUUUAGCACUGCAUGCUUAAAAAGUCUGGUUAGACGACGAUUGAUGUUAUAGCGCUGCAGCGAACUUUAGUUCGAACGCGAUAUUUUGAACAAAUAGUUUAUAUGGACGUUCGUGUCUAUCAGCACCAUAUCUGUCAAUGUGUACGGUAUUUUUUCUGCACUAUUAGUUAUUUUAUAAUGAUAAAGAAUGAGAAAAGGCAAUCGCGAUGCAAUUCAUUCCAUUUUAAAAUGUAUCAAAACAAAAGAAUAAUAUUAGAGAAAAAUAUAUGUCUGUUUAGAAGAUUCCAAGGAAAAGAAUAUAAUCAAAUAUUAUUAUGUGAUAAAAUAACAUUAAUAAAGAUCUGAAUAUAUAACAAAUAAUAACCUAGGUUACCAAUUUAACAUUCGACAAUGCUAACAUAAAUAAUGAAAACAAAAGCAUGCAUUUAAAAUAUUUAACACUUGAGGUGUAAAAAUUAAAUAUAGAUGUUAUGUAGAAAAUUAGAGAUUUAUUAAAUUGUGUUUGUUACUUGUAUAAUUUAUUGUGAAAACAGUAUUAUUUUUGUAAAAAUAUGCCAGAACUGUAAACGUUUAAAAUUUAUAAGUGGAUAAUAUGAAGUGGCAACUGUUAGUACAUACCAGCUAAGAAUGGAUACUUGUACGCGCAAUACGCUUGCAUACGAGUUUAGGGAAGCAAGAUCUCACGAUACAGGGUGAUUUAUCAAGUGGCCGCGGAUGGUGAAAUCCGAAAUUAUGACGAAUAGCGAAAAAUGCUUAAAGGAAUCUGGAGACCGAUUUUGGUAGAAACUAAAACUGCAUUGGAUUUUUGAAAAAUCUAUUGAUAAGGCUAUUAGUCUUAGCCAGGAAUUGAACCCGUUGGUUUUGACAAAAAAAAAAAACAGCAAUAUCAUUUCAUUAUACGAUAGUGUCGUUAAUAAAGAUCAAAUGCUGAAAAGCAUUGACAUGCGGCAAUGUAAAGGAAAGGGCUGAUUUAUUUCAAUUUUUUAAAUAUAUAGCUGCAAACACCUGGCAAAGGUUGGGACCCGGUUGAAUUAUCUAGCGUUUUUAUUUUUCAACUCUAAAUAUAAAAUUUUAUGAUAUUAAUAUUUCAAAAAGUCUCAAGAAAAUGAGUUGAAUAAAAAAAAAUACUUUUUUAAAAAUUUACGCGAUUCUUAACACCUUAUGCCCUUCAGCUUGGUGUGCAUUAUUGUAUUCAGGUAAAAUUAAAGAAAGAUUUUAAAAAUGUAUUACAUUGCCUUAAAUAUCUUCGCCCGAAUUGGCUAUCGGCUCUCCAUCUGCAGUACUUGUUAUUUACGCGUAGUGCAUGCAAACGUCCCAAUUGGGACAAUUUUAAAUCUUCAUGUUACGCGUGCUAUUAGUGUAUUUACCUGUUUAUUAUAAAUCAUUAAUAUUAGGCAUGUAUUUGAUAUAUUUUGCGCGGAAAUAAAAACGCUUCGUGCAGUCUAAUGAUAUGAAAAAAAGACAAGUUAAAACUGAUUUUUGUUAUUGCAAAGAGGCUCAUUGUUCCUAUCACAGUAAUUUAUAUUUGUAAAUCCAUGAGACGUCAUUUAAUGCCUUUGGUUUAUUUAAAAGAAGUCGAAAUUAUUAAAUUAGUAUUAACCAUAAUAUAUAUUACAUCAGUGUUACCAUAAUAUUUCAAUUUAAACAUAGAUUUAUGAUAUUAAGUUAGUAAAUUAUACAGAGUCAUUCUGACAAUGCGUUACUAAAUGAAACCACAUACUUAUCUACUUGGAAAUAACACUUUACAAUUAGUUACUUGAGCCGUAGAUGUGUAAUAGAAAAGUGUAAGUUUCGAAUAAAAAACAUAUUAUUAAAAAGUAUUUUUGGCACAAUGUCAGCAAAGGUGAAGAUGAAUAUGUGGUUUCAUGUAGUAAAGCAAUGUCAAAAUGACCAUGUAUACAGGAAUAAUUUUGAUGUCUGUCCACGAUCUAACCUCAUAAUAAUUCAAUUAAACAUGUUACAUUUGAUAAUUAAUAAUUAAAUCACAAAGUUACCCUAUUCUCGCUUAUUAAUAAAAUAUUUUUGCUUAAAAA